ACCCUUCUGUGCUCUGUAUUGCUCCCCUCAAAAACCCUAGAAUUCUCUUCUUCGCUGUUGGUGUCUUGUUGAGAGCGGCAUAAUCAAUGGCGGAGAGUGAGACGUUUGCUUUCCAGGCUGAGAUCAACCAGUUGCUCAGCUUGAUCAUCAACACCUUCUACAGCAACAAGGAGAUCUUCCUUCGUGAGCUUAUCAGCAAUGCCUCCGAUGCUCUGGACAAAAUUAGAUUUGAGAGCUUGACAGACAAGAGCAAGCUAGAUGCCCAGCCUGAGCUCUUCAUCCACAUCAUCCCUGACAAGGCCAAUAACUCUUUGUCUAUCAUUGACGGUGGUAUCGGUAUGACCAAGGCUGCUGAUGUCAGCAUGAUUGGACAGUUUGGUGUUGGUUUCUACUCAGCUUACUUGGUUGCCGAGAAGGUCAUUGUUACCACCAAGCACAAUGAUGACGAGCAGUAUGUCUGGGAAUCCCAAGCUGGUGGGUCAUUCACCGUCACUAGGGACACCUCUGGUGAGAACCUGGGCAGGGGUACCAAGAUCACCCUUUUCCUCAAGGAGGACCAGCUCGAGUACCUUGAGGAGCGGCGUCUCAAGGACCUAAUCAAGAAGCACUCUGAGUUUAUUAGCUACCCAAUUUCCUUGUGGGUGGAGAAGACUACUGAGAAGGAGAUUUCAGAUGAUGAGGAUGAUGAAGACAAGAAGGAUGAGGAAGGAAAGGUAGAGGAUGUUGAUGAGGACAAGGAAAAGGAGAAAAAAAAGAAGAAGAUCAAGGAGGUUUCUCAUGAGUGGUCUUUGGUGAACAAGCAGAAACCUAUCUGGAUGAGGAAGCCUGAGGAGAUCACCAAGGAAGAAUAUGCUGCUUUCUACAAGAGCCUUACCAAUGAUUGGGAGGAGCACUUGGCUGUCAAGCACUUUUCUGUUGAGGGCCAGCUUGAGUUCAAGGCUGUCCUUUUUGUUCCCAAGAGGGCACCUUUUGAUCUCUUUGACACCAGAAAGAAGCAAAACAACAUUAAGCUGUAUGUCCGCCGUGUCUUUAUCAUGGACAACUGUGAGGAGCUGAUCCCUGAAUUCCUUGGCUUUGUGAAAGGUAUUGUUGAUUCUGAGGACCUUCCUCUCAACAUCUCAAGAGAAAUGCUUCAGCAGAAUAAGAUCUUGAAGGUCAUUCGCAAGAACUUGGUGAAGAAGUGCAUUGAGCUCUUCUUUGAGAUUGCUGAGAACAAGGAAGACUACAACAAGUUCUAUGAAUCGUUCUCUAAGAAUCUAAAACUCGGUAUCCAUGAGGAUUCCCAGAACAGGACUAAGCUUGCUGAGUUGCUUAGGUACCAUUCCACCAAGAGUGGUGAUGAGAUGACUAGCCUUAAGGACUAUGUGACCAGGAUGAAGGAGGGACAGAAUGACAUCUACUACAUUACUGGUGAGAGCAAGAAGGCUGUUGAGAAUUCUCCUUUCCUUGAGAAGUUGAAGAAGAGGGGUUAUGAAGUCCUUUUCAUGGUGGAUGCCAUUGAUGAGUAUGCUGUUGGUCAGCUGAAGGAAUUUGAGGGUAAGAAGCUUGUUUCUGCCACCAAGGAGGGCCUGAAACUAGAUGAGAGUGAAGAUGAGAAGACGAAGAAAGAAGCUUUAAAGGAGAAGUUCGAGGGGCUUUGCAAGGUCAUCAAGGAUGUCCUUGGUGACAAGGUAGAGAAGGUGAUUGUUUCUGAUCGUGUUGUUGACUCUCCCUGUUGUUUGGUGACUGGUGAGUAUGGCUGGACUGCCAACAUGGAGAGAAUCAUGAGGGCACAGGCUCUGAGGGACAACAGCAUGGCUGGAUACAUGUCAAGCAAGAAGACCAUGGAGAUCAACCCUGAGAACCCUAUCAUGGAGGAGCUGAGGAAGAGGGCUGAUGCUGACAAGAACGACAAGUCUGUGAAGGACCUGGUUCUGCUGCUCUUUGAGACUGCUCUCCUCACUUCUGGUUUCAGCCUUGAUGACCCCAACACCUUUGGCAACAGAAUCCACAGAAUGCUGAAACUUGGACUGAGCAUUGAUGAGGACAGUGGUGAUGCUGAUGCUGACAUGCCUCCAUUGGAGGAUGCAGAUGCUGAUGCUGAUGCUGAGGGCAGCAAGAUGGAGGAAGUUGAUUAAGCUGAAGUCUUUUACGUUAUUGCGUUUAAGUACUCUUUAUUAUAAGGGUUUCCAUAAUUUUUGUUUUAAGUAGGCCGUCUGCUGAGAUGUUUUGGUUAAAGCCUGGUUCAACGGGAACGGACAAGUUAUUUUCCGAAUGCUAUAUAUGUCCUUUUCUGCUGUUAUAUAUGUUAUCUGAUUUUUCUGUUCUCCCUGGUUGUGCUUGUGGCUUAUGAAACUUGCCCGUGCUCUGGUUCA